GGUUUAAAAGGAAUAUUUUUCCUACAAAGUCCAAGGAAGGAUCCACAACCUGCUAUAAAUAUGGCCAAAUUAAACUCCUACACUUAGAACACCCACUGAUUUCUCAUCAUGGAUCUUCAGUUUUCUUCUUUUCCAGUACUUCUGAGCUUCUUUGUUUUCAUGUUUAUGGUUUUCAGAAUAUCGAAGAAAUCAAAGAGAAACAACUCGAGUGCAAUCCCACAGCCUCCUGGUCCUUGGAAGCUACCUCUGCUAGGAAAUAUGCACCAAUUCAUUUGCCCUCUACCUCAUCACCGCCUGCGCGAUUUGGCGAAGAAAUAUGGACCUCUUAUGCAUCUUCAACUUGGAGAACUCUCCAAUGUUAUUGUUUCUUCUGCAGAAGUCGCGAAAGAAGUAUUAAAAACCCAUGACAUUACUUUCGCCAAUAGGCCUCAUCUCUUUGCAGCACAGAUCAUAUCAUACAAUUCCACUGACAUUGGAUAUGCACCGUACGGGGAGUAUUGGAGGCAAAUGAGGAAAAUUUGCACAAUGGAGCUGCUAAGCGCAAGGAGGGUGCAAGCGAUGAUCCCAAUUCGUCAAAAACAGGUAAAGAAGUUUGUUAAUUCAAUUUAUUCAAAGGUAGGAUCAAAGAUCAAUCUUAGUGAGAUGUUAAUCUCUUUAACGUAUGAGAUCACGUCGAGAGCGGCCUUCGGUGGGAGAAGUGAAGACCAUGAAAUAUUUAUACCACUGUUACAACAAAUUGUAGUGGUGGGUGCUUGUUUUAGCUUUGCAGAUAUCUUCCCUUCUGUCAAAUUGUUUCAAACGAUGAGUGGCACGAGGACUAAACUUGAAAGACUGCAUAAAAAGACAGAUGCGAUCCUCGAGAAAAUCAUUGAAGAACAUAGACUAAAGAAGGCAAUGGUUGAUUCUAGUGAAGAUGCAGCAGACGAUGAUUUGCUAGAUGUUCUUUUGGGUCUUCAAGAAAAUGGAGAAUUUGGGUUCCAAUUUACAGUCGACAAUGUCAAAGCAGUUAUACUGAACAUUUUUCUUGGUGGGAGUGAGACAUCAGCUACAACUAUGGAAUGGACAAUGUCAGAACUGAUGAGGAAUCCGGAAGCGAUGGAAAAGGCACAAGCAGAGGUUAGGCAAGUAUUUGGUGCAAAAGGAUACGUCGAUGAAACAGGUCUCGAAGAAUUAAAGUUCUUGAAGUUGGUUGUCAAAGAAACUAUGAGAUUACACCCACCUCUUCCAUUGUUACUUCCAAGAGAAUGUGGGGAGAAAUGUAAUAUAAAUGGAUAUGAAAUAUUGGCGAAAUCCAGAGUCCUCAUCAAUGCAUGGGCGAUCGGAAGAGAUCCGAAUCAUUGGACUGAACCUGAGAGGUUCUAUCCGGAACGAUUCCUUGACAGUUCGAUAGACUACAAGGGGACUAGUUUUGAGUACAUUCCAUUUGGUGCUGGAAGAAGGAUAUGUCCUGGAAUCUCGUUUGGAAUUGCCAACGUUGAGCUUCCACUUGCAAAUCUGUUGUUCCACUUUGAUUGGAAACUACCUGAUAAUGUCAAAUAUGAAGAACUGGACAUGACUGAGAAUUUUGGUGCUGCAGUUAGAAGAAAAAGAGAUCUCUACUUGAUUCCCAUUCCUUAUCAUCCUGAUAUUGUGGAAUGAAAUUAAGAGUAAACCAUUUUAUGGCCUAGUUUGGCAAAUAAUAUUGAUAGUAGCAGAUAUGGUAGUAGCAGAAAUGUUGAACAAUAAUUAUAGUAAAUAUGUUGUCUGAAUGGUUGGUUGUAUUUGGUUCAACUUUUGCUAGUAAUAUUUAUGCUGUGUAA